AUGUUGAAAUAUAUAUUUUAUCUAUGUUUUUACAUUCUGCUGGUCGACACUUCAUCACUUCAAAGUGAUUUGUCCGAAAAAAUACCCUUCCAUAAAAUAAAUGGGCGUAUUCUAAAUGGAGAAAAUGCAACCCUAGGACAGUUUCCUUGGCAUGUAGGUGUACUUACAGCUAACAACUACUCUGCACUAUGGUGUAGUGGCAGUAUUAUCAGUGAAGAAUGGAUAUUGACAUCCGCUCAGUGCAUAAAUGGAGGAAUGGUGACUUACGUCUAUGCUGGACUUAUCGAUCUUGAAGCACCUGCUGUACUAGUGCUAGCGGAUGUACGUAUUUUACACGAAGACUUUGAUGCGACUACUCUUGCCAACGACAUUGGUCUCGUGCAGCUUAGAACACCAUUGGAAUUUGACGAUGCUGUCGCACCAAUUGCUUUGGCUUCUGAUCCCCUUAAUGCUGGAGCAGACAUAACAGUGACUGGUUUUGGACAAACUUCUGAUGACGAUUUUCAAAUUGGUCAAUUUUUAAAUUUUGUUACUCUGACUACUAUUGAAAACAGCGAAUGCAGUGAGACUUACGGAGACGCUAUACUUGAGGGAAUGGUUUGUGCUGCAACUGGAGAUGACCCAGUUAAAGGUCCUUGCAUUGGCGAUAGUGGUGGACCUGGGGUAAUAAAUGCUGAUUCCGAUCCAGUUCUUGUAGCUGUUAAUAGUUUCAUUAGUGGUACGGGAUGUGAAAGCGGAAAUCCUGCCGGAUAUACAAGAGUUGAUUAUUACAGAGAUUGGAUUGAAGAGAAUAGUGGUGUAUAA